CCGGGGUCUGCUAUCUCCUCCCAUUCAGGACAAGUGCUAAAUUGUUUGACCACAUUCGCAGAUGUUGGUGAAGCUCUCGGUGACCAGCUAGUAGCUGGACUUUGGAAAGGCCGUAUAUUAGAAGAACUCUGUUGGUUCAAUACCUAUAACCCACGUCGGAUGAAACGGGUUCCGCCGGUUUCGAAUUGGAGAGCCCCCACUUGGAGUUGGGCAAGCAGUAACGCUCUCAUUUGGAUAAGCGAUACCUCCAAGUUUCAUGGCGAAUGCAAGCAAAAACAGAUCUGGGCCGAGCUUGAAGAUCUCGAUGUUCAAACGAAACCAUCUGGCGCCCUGGAAUAUGCAUCGAUGCGAGUCAAAUGCAAGCCUAUACGCGCGGUCGUCAAACCUGGUGAACGAGAGAAGAUAUCCGGUCGCACAGUCUUUGGCCAUAUCCUUCUGGAUAGCAAAGCAGGUCUGCGCUGGGCUCCAAUAGGCCCGGUUGGGCUUCAACUGUAUUGGGACGACAUGCAGCAGGGUGGGUGGAUGUCCGACUACUUGGAGCGGAAAGGCACAUUCCAUGUCCACAUGCUCGUCAUCCAGCGAUGCCGGCACGACCAGCCCGUCAAAAGAUAUGUAGGGGAUUGUGUGGAAGGCCUUUUUCUGGCCCCUCGAGACGGGUCUGAGGACGUUUUCGAGAGAAUUGGGCUAUUCUGUGCAAAUGCGACUGAGAUAGUAUCGAAAAUUGUUGCGAGUCAUGAAGGAUCUGAGACUAAGAUCAUUACCUUAGUCUAGGUUGGGACCAUCAACACUCCAGGGCUUCCAGCACUCCUAAAGGCCGAGCAGUCCAGGGACUCACUCAGUGUACCUCAUCUUAGCGGCUGCCAACUCUCUGAAGGCCUUCGCACUCUCUCCCGCUAGACUUACCAGACGGUCCGAGCGCACAUUCACUCCGCGCAUCCGCUCGGCGUCGCCUCAACCCCACAAAACACAGUCAUGGGCAGUGGCCACUUUUCAAAUU